CGUCCGCCUGCCUGCCCGUCCAAGUAGAAAUGCUGGCAAAACACCCCCUCCUCAUCUUGUUGAAAAAAAAAUGGCGGACAAGCGGUAAAUCUACGUUUGAAAUACAUUUCUACCUUACAAAGCAAGCUUUGAAAACAAGGAGCGGGGUCGCUUUAAUUCGGACGCCAUCCCCCUUGGCGGAGGAAAAAGGCGCAUUUCUAUUGAAAGGGGAAGAGAGAGGCUGUCCAACGGUUAUGAAGUUUUAAGAGGAGAACACUGGUGUGUUAGCUGGUCUAUAUUGUUGGAGCAUGAGGAAACCUGUGCCACAAAAAGCUCUAGAAUGGAAAGACGCCCGAAUUAUCAAGCAUGCUCGGAGUGGACGGCCCUCCCGGGUGCCCUCACAGUACCAAGCAGGGCACUUCAGCUGGGAGAAAUACUUGAAAGAAACCGGGGCUACUGCCGCUCCUUCUUCAUGUUUCAAACAGAGUCCGACUCCUCCACUUAACGAGUUCAAGGUGGGGAUGAAGCUGGAGGCCCAGGACCCCAGGAACACCACGUCCACCUGCAUCGCCACAGUGGUCGGCCUGACGGGCUCGCGACUGCGACUGCGCCUCGACGGGUCAGACAAUAAGAACGACUUUUGGCGCCUGGUGGAUUCCUCGGAGAUCCAGCCGAUUGGCAGCUGUGAAAAAAGCGGAGGCAUGCUCCAGCCCCCGCUAGGUUUCCGUCUCAAUGCGUCUUCCUGGCCCAUGUUUCUGCUGAAGACGUUAAAUGGGGCUGAAAUGGCUCCCUCUCGCAUUUUUCACAAGCAGGAGCCUCCCGCUCCAGAGCAAAACUCUUUCCAGGUGGGAAUGAAGCUGGAGGCGGUGGAUCGGAAAAAUCCACACUUUAUCUGCCCGGCGACGGUCGGCGCAUUGCGUGGAGUUGAGGUGCUGGUCACCUUUGACGGAUGGCGUGGAGCCUUUGAUUACUACUGCCGCUAUGACUCGCGGGACAUAUUCCCAGUCGGCUGGUGUUCCCUCACUGGAGACAACCUUCAACCGCCUGGCACCAAAGCUGUGCUGCCAAAGAGCCUUGGGACACCGACAGAAGGUAGUGUGGAAACCCCAGCAAUGAAUCCCACCCCGACGGUGGGCAGACCUCCAGGUCAGAGAGGUCGGAAGCCCGGCCGCAGGAAAACAAAAAUCACGGGACCCUGGAGCCAAAAGCCUUCUACGUUGGUAUCGCAGAGCGUCCAGCCAGGAAAGGAUUUGGAGCCCAUCAAGAUCCCCAAGAAACGAGGUCCUAAGCCAGGCAGCAAGCUGGGAUGGGGAAAGAGAGAUGGCUGGUUUGAGGACUCUCUGACCGGUCCAGGACGGCCAGCAGCUGGACCAGGGAGAACCAGAGGCAGACUGCUUGCUAGUUGGGCUCAGAGGAUUGCUCUACAACAGGCCCAGGCCCAAGCCCAGGCAGAACCAGAAGCAGAACCAAUCAAGAUCCCAAAGAAACGAGGGCCCAAACCUGGCAGCAAGAGAAAACCACGAGUUCUACCUAAUCUGGUCCCAACGUCUCCCACCAGCAGCACUCCAGAGCCGGACACCAGUACUGUACCCCAAGACAACGCAACUAUUCCCAACUCUGCACUUCAGGCUCCCACUGUUUGUGUUUAUCUAAAUAAGUACGGUAAGGUGGGACCUCACCUGGACCAGCGGCGCAUCCAGCAGCUGCCAGACCAUUUUGGCCCGGGCCGAGCCUCCUCGGUGCUGCAGCAGUGCGUCCAGGCCUGCGUGGACUCUGCUCACAACCAGGCUACAGUCUUCUCCUGCCUCAAGUCGGGACAAGGGGGCGAGGUCAUUUCAGCCUUCUUUGACCAGCAGCAGCACACUCUGACCCUCCCGACGGUCAGCAGUGUCACAUACGUCCUCCGUUUCUUGGAAAAACUCUGUCACAACCUUCACUGCGAUGCUCUGUUCGGCAGCCAGCCUGUGGCCAGAGGAAGUGUUCACUACGACAGCCACUCGUACUCUGCAGAGAGGAGAGGUUUUGGAGACACCCUGACCGCGGGCCCAGGCAAAGGCACAAAGCGCUUCCAACAGGACUUCAACGGUCCGCUAACUUCCAAACUAGCUAAACUCCCCAGGCACUCCACUGACGGCAGUUUUCGGGAGAGCCCCAGACCCAGCGGUCAGGACCCAAAUCUGUGGACUGUCGAGGAAGUCAUGCAGUACAUUCGAGACAUUGACCCAGUUCUGGCUCCUCACGCCAAUCUCUUCAGAAAACACGAGAUUGAUGGCAAAGCCCUUCUGUUGCUGCGCAGCGACGUAAUGAUGAAAUACAUGGGUCUGAAGCUUGGGCCCGCUCUCAAACUAACCUUCCACAUCGACAAGCUUAAACGAGCUUAAAGAGGCUGAAAUCAGCCGCAGCCUCCAAAAGGGCUUCCCUCUUACCCCGUCUCCCUUUUCUAGUGUCGGGAUACCAUGCACUUCAUAAAGGAUAUAUACUGAUGUAGCAAUUUUUAAUCUGACCACCGUAUGUCUGGUCUUCAUGUUCUUCUUUUUCCUCAUCUAAUGAGGAAUGUUUUUGUGCAGCACAAUCCAGCUCACAGGCAGCACGGUUAUGUACAGUCAUUAGGUAAAAAUAUCCUUUUCUGCCAGUAUAGUCGAAGAAAAUCAAAGUCCAGCCCUUGAUUCAGUAGUUUAUGGAACCACAGUUGGAAUUAUGUGGUUUUGCUGAUAUGCUGUUUUUAAAUUUUCAACCUGUUUGAUCAUGUUGCUGUGCAUGAUGGCCAAAUGCCCCCAGUUUGGACACAUCUCUGCAAAGUUGUUUUGUUUCAAAUUUUAUGCUGCAAUUUUCCUCUUUAGACAUAAGUUUUCUUCUGGCAACUAUUAUGUAUUUAUUCAGUUAUAUUUUAACAUUAAUAAUUCAUGUGUGACUUAAGGUCUCAGUGUAAAAGGCUGGGUUUCAGAUUGUUUUCAAAAAACCUAUCAUCCUUUAUGAGAUUGAUGAACGGCCACAUCAGUUUCUAUGAAGUUAUUGCCUUUUUUUCCCCAGCUUUAGAUAUUUUAUCUUCACUGGUUAUGAUUAAAUCAUAAAGUACGUUUCAUUUUUCAGCUUUCCCUCUUAAAACCUUUGGAAGCAGGGAAGGUGUUCUCAAUUUUGCAGUUGUCUGUAUUGAUAGUCAAGGAAACUCACUCAAUGUUUAAUCAUUUCAGUGUAACUAGAAUUUUUUUUUUAAAGUUUAAGGGUUUUUCAGCCUGUUUCCACAGUGUUACACUUAACCUGUACAUUUUCAUAUUUUGUACUUCUAUAAUGUAUUUUUCAAUAUUAAUUGUUGGGUUAUUUGAAAAAGUCAGAAACCCCUAAAUCAAGAGUAGAAAACACUACAGGCAUCCCAAUAAUUGGGAAUUUUGCUAUUAGUCUCAGUUUGAGGCACAAUUUUUGCAUUUACAAGAUUAAUCAUUAAUCAAAAAAUCAUUUUAUGAAAGGAGAAUGAUUAACUUUUAUUCCAGAUUUGCAGUUUUAUUCUCUUUUCUACAUGUUGUUUACAAUGCUGUUAUUUGUACUUUUCUAAUUUUUAUACUUCGUUAGCGCUCCUACGGGACGAGACGCGUCAUACUUAGCAUGUUAAUAAAUUUAUAAUUCCAUUUGUCUUCUGUUUGAGCUGCAGAGCUGCAAUGUCAACACGGUAUGUAGUUGUCUGUUUAUACUCUUGUGUUGAGUUUGUCACAAAAAUGUUGAGUUAUUUAAAUUAAAGUAUAUGCUCACAUUGA